AUUGCUUCUUCUACUUGUCGUGUUCAUGGUUUUAGAGACGAACGGCGCGAUUGCCGUGAGCAAAACAUUUCGUCGUCAAGUGACGUUACUGGCUCAGUCGCCGGAAACUAAAACGGAGAAAGAAGAAGCUUUCCUUGUUCGUCGAUCUGGGUUCGUCUACGCCAUUCUCGCUUAUUGCGAAGUUCCAAGGUCUUUUCUUCAGGAAUUUUCAUAUGAGAUUUUAAAAAUCUGCCAUGAAUCGCUCAACAUCAAAAGUUAGUGUCAAUAGGUACGUUGCUAAGUUUUGUUUUCAUUAUGUAAGUCUUCAUGAAAAGUGAGAAUUGAAUAAAGUAUAUGCUAGUGGAGAAUGAUUAGUUCAUAUAUAGAGAAUUUGUUAGCAGGAACCUGAAGAAGAUAAUGAUGUUCAUCCCAUAUGAUAUUUUGAUUAAUCAAUUAUGUGCUUAGCUAAUUUGAAUUAUGUAAGCAGUUUUGUGUCUUCCUUUCAUUAGUUGGUGGUGGAGUUGGCCAAUUUGUUAAAAGGAGCUUCUUAGUUUUGUUCUUCUGAUAAGGAUGUUCUAAAGGUCAUUUCUUCUCUUGACCCUUCCAGAUAUUAUUAUUGCUGUGGUGUUUUGAACCGUCAUUUGUAUCUUUUGUGAAUCGGUCGCUAUCUUGUUGGUGUUAACAAGGUUUAUUUUUUUAUAUCUUUUAUCACCUGCUUCUUUGGAACUUACUUUGUUGUAUUGGUGUUUUUGAAGAUCCUAGAAAUACUUAAAUAGGUUUCCUGACGUCAAUAGUUUCACUUGCUCUAAAUUGACAAUGCCACUAGUUGCAUGCUGUUCUCCUCACACCUAUUGUAUGAAAAUAAUUUGUAAUAUCUACUAAGUGAGUCAGAAAACCCUCAGUGGGAGCUCUCUUUACUGAAAAUGUCAUAACUCAAUCUUGACACCAGCUCUGUACUGAGCAUUAAGUUUAUUAUCAGCUUUACUUGCUGUCUUAGCCAACAUCACUGCAUAAGACGUUCUGGUAUUUCUGUCUGAUAUCAGAUUACUGGAGCAUGAUAGUUUGACAAUGAUUGGAGAUAAAGACUUAGCACAAGGUUUUUCUUGUGGACCAAUGACCAAAAUUUUGAUUAUGAAUGCAAAGGUUGAUACUUGAUACAGAAGGGAUUUUGUUUUCACCUUAUGUAAUAGCUGAUUUCAUAAUGAAAGUACUUCCUUGUCAUAAAAGUUUGGAUGGUAGUUCUUGGAUCAUGUUCUCCUGGUGCAGCAGUUGGUACACUAUGUCAUCCGCUGCUACUAUUUAAGUUCCUAUGAUACCCGAACUCAUUCACUCUCAGUCUCAACAUUCAUAGUAUUUACCUUCUAAAUUACUUAAGAAAAUGGCAGCAAAUGAUGUCCCUUGCUGUGAGACCAUGUUCUGGGUGUAUCUACUUGUAUGUGUUGUUCUAGUGGCUUUCGCAGGUAUAAUGUCAGGACUGACUCUUGGGCUCAUGUCCCUUAGUCUUGUCGAGCUCGAAGUCAUGGUCAAAGCCGGUGAACCCCAUGAGCGCAAAAACGCUGAAAAGAUUCUGCCACUCGUUAAAAACCAGCACCUUCUCUUGUGUACUCUCCUCAUAGGCAAUGCGUUGGCAAUGGAGGCUCUACCGAUCUUCGUCGAUUCCCUGCUUCCAGCUUGGGGCGCUAUCCUGAUAUCUGUGACUCUCAUACUUGCAUUUGGCGAGAUUAUACCUCAAGCUGUAUGCUCUCGGUACGGACUGAGCAUCGGGGCAAAGCUAUCGUUUUUGGUUCGGUUGAUUAUCAUAGUCUUCUUUCCAUUAUCUUAUCCAAUCAGCAAGCUACUCGAUUUGCUGCUUGGAAAAAGACAUUCUACACUUUUAGGACGAGCAGAGCUCAAGUCACUUGUCUAUAUGCACGGAAAUGAGGCUGGAAAAGGCGGGGAACUGACUCACAAUGAAACAACAAUCAUCUCAGGAGCUCUGGACAUGUCUCAGAAGAGUGCCAAAGACGCAAUGACACCUGUCUCUGUGAUAUUCUCACUCGACAUAAAUUCUAGGCUUGACGAUAAGACAAUGGGAUUAAUAGCAAGUGAAGGCCAUAGCCGUAUCCCAAUAUACUCUGUGAAUCGAAGUGUUAUCAUCGGAUAUAUUCUGGUCAAGAACUUGAUCAAAGUCCGUCCUGAAGACGAGACACAGAUCAGAGAUCUCCCUAUCAGAAGAAUGCCCAGGGUCAAUUCAAAUUUACCUCUAUACGAUAUCCUCAACAUCUUCCAAACGGGUCGAAGCCACAUGGCUGCUGUUGUUGGGACCAAGAACAAUACUAAUACUAACACUCCUGCCCGUGUCAUGAGCAUCAAUGGAACGCUUAAUAAAGACGCCAACGUUGUUCCUGUGAUGAACUCCAGCGAAAGCAAUAGUCAAAGCCCAAUCCGAUACAUUGAUAGUAUUGCUAAUGAAGAUGACGAAGUCAUUGGGAUUAUAACUCUGGAAGAUGUUAUGGAGGAACUGAUACAGGAAGAAAUAUAUGAUGAGACAGACCAGUACGUCGAACUUCAUAAAAGGAUAACAAUAAACAUGCCAAUAUCGGAAAAUUCACCGGAAACUACCACUUGGGCUUCGGAGUUGGCAUCUCCUAUCUCGCCCUAUCGCUCAAGUCCUCUGUCGCCGAGCAUCAUGAUCUCUACGCUGCUCCGAUCACCGAUAAAUUCACCUUACCGUCAGUCUCCAUUUUUCCGGCCAGCACUUCAGGCUUCUCCACCUGCACAACCUCCUUCCGUGCUCUCUCCGGACAGUAAUGAGCGUUUUCACUAUUUGUCUCCUGGAAAGGUGUCGAGGAAAUCGUAUGAAAAGCUAUGAGCUGAAGAAAAAUGCAUAUUCUAAUUUUAUUCCAUGUUCUUAAAAUUGAGAAAAUGGGUAUUAUAAUUUCCAUGAAAUGAAGAAAAAUAAAUAAACAAGGAUAAAAUAGUAUGAAAUGUGUGGUAAUGAACAUAUCCCAAAGAUAAAGACAAAAUAUACAUACA